AUGGGGAAGGCUGUUAUAAAUGCAGCGGAUUCUGCAGGACUCAAUCUUAUCCCAAUGUCAUUUGGCUGUGCCAAAGAGGCUGGAAAAACCACAGAGGUGUGUGGCAAAGAGAUUAAGGUGCACGCAUCUUCAUAUAGAGAAAGCGUUGCGGUGUUGGUCUUUUGUGAACACCCGAAUAUGCUUGUUGCAGUGAACAAUAACACAUCUUUAGAGAAAGUUGUGGCAUUUCUUGUAGCGACGGAGAUUAUGGCAGAGCAAUUUCCAGGAGCCUUCUCUGGGUAUCCUCUAAAGGUGUUCAAUCCUCAUUCUUCUGCAUCUGCUUUCUCCUCUGCUCCUCACUUUGCUUUGUCUUGUAUGGUUCAUUCUUUUGACUAG